CGCCGACGCGCGUGAAUUUCAGACGACGCGUGCUGCGGGGCGGAAGCGUGCGCGCGCUCGCGGUCUACGAGUGUGUGUAUGUGUGCGUACCCGUAUUAUACGAGUGUGUGUAUAGCGUAUCGGAAGGAGUGUUUGGAGCAUCGUUUUGCUGUGAGCUGUGAAAGGACACAAAAAAGGGGGAAAAGCGUCUGAAAACUCGGUACAGUUUGAUUUUUUUUUUUUCGUGGAUCUUUUUUUUUUAUGUAGAUUAUUGAUUUUCCCGUUAAUAUUUACGGAACUUACGCAAAAGAUGUAUGGACAGUGUGCGCUAUAAGAGUUUUACUCAUAUUCUUUACAUAUUUUGAGAAAUCUUAUCAUUUAAAGAAAAAAAAGAAAAAAAAAAAAGCCCUGCUUUCUAAAUGUGUCACAUAUCGACCAAAAUGGAGCAGCCGUUUUAUCAUGACGACUCGUUUCUCUCUGCUUAUGGCAAUCCAGACGCCGUGACCCUGCGCGACUACAAGCUCCUAAAACAGAGCAUGAGCACCAGCUUUGUGGAGCCCUACCGCAACUUCAAGAGCGACUUCUACCCGACCGGGAGCGCAGACGCCGGCUCUCUGAAACUCGCCUCUCCGGAGCUGGAGCGUCUCAUCGCGCAAAGCGGCGGCGGCGUGAUCACAAGCCCCACACCGGGUCAGUACCACCUGUACGGUCGCUCCAUCACCGAGGAGCAGGAAGGCUUCGCGGACGGCUUCGUCAAAGCGCUGGACGAGCUUCACAAAAUGAACCAGGUGGCACCGCCGAACGUGUCGCUGGGCGCCGGAGGUGUGCCGCCGUGCGCGCCGCCUGAUGCGCCGGUCUACGCCACGCUGAACAGCUGCAGCCCGAACACUAGCGUCCAGCAAGCGGCUGCGCCCUCCACCUACCCCAGCGCCACCAUCAGCUACCUGCCUCACCACCACCAAUACCACCACCCUCACCAGCAGCAUCAGCAGCAGCCUCACCACCACCACCACCACCACCCCCAUCACCCCCACCACCCUUUCCCGCACGCCCUGCACGCGCCCAGGAUCUCUGCGCUCAAGGAGGAGCCCCAGAUCGUCCCCGACGUGCACGGCGCGUGCGCGGACGGCUCGCCACCGACCUCGCCGGUCGACAUGGAGAACCAGGAGCGCAUGAAGGCCGAGCGCAAGCGCCUGCGCAACCGGCUCGCGGCCACCAAGUGCCGACGGCGGAAGCUGGAGCGCAUCUCGCGGCUGGAGGACAAGGUGAAGGUGCUGAAGACGGACAACGCGGGUCUGUCCAACACCGCGUCCAUGCUGCGCGAGCAGGUCGCCCAGCUCAAGCAGAAAGUCAUGACGCACGUGAGCAGCGGGUGCCAAUUAAUGCUGACCCCAAAAAUUAAGUCGUACUGAGAAGAACUCAAGGACUUUUUUUUUUUUUUUUUUUAAGGAAAAAAAAAAAGGGGAAACACUGGAAGAUGUCUUGAUAAUAUUGCAGCACUGAAUCAAUCAUGUUUCUUGUAGAAAACUUUCCAAUGUGUUGCUACGUGUAUGUAUUGUUUUUUUGGUUUUGUUGUGUUUUUCUUUUAAAAGCAUUUCCUUUAUAAACAUGUUGUUCGUAUGGUUCCAGAUGAAAUGCACACGAAAGACAAAUGAAAGGACUGAAAACGUGUCAGGAAAACUUUAUCAUCUUUGUGCGAGUGAUAUCCUAUGAAUACAUCACGAUAACUUAUUUUCACUCUUUACGUCAGGUUAUUUCAGAGAAAUCUUUACUGUAAAGGGUUUUUUUUUUCUUUUUAUUUUAUUUAAGUAAAAAAAAACUUGUAAAAAAACAA